AGUUGUGUUUUCGUGUUCAGUUGCGAACGGUUAUCGAUACCGUCGAGACUGUCAUACAGUCUGCUCCCACAGCUGUUUUAUUUCAAGAAAAGAUCCAUGAAUCAAUUAUUUGCAAGUGUGAGUGUUUCUACGAGCUUGCCCUGAUUGACGUGUUUUCUUGCUCCUUUUGUCUGUUUUGUUAUUUAUUUUUUUGGGGGGUUACGAAACAUCCUGACUCAACAUUGACAAGAAAAGCCAAUCAUAGGAAGGAAAAGUUAGCGAUAGCGUGUCGGACUAGUAAUCGGUCAAGCAGUGAUCGAGGUCUCCCCGUUCACGCCAUGGAUUGUACAGCAGACCGCGGAAGAUCAACACCUCGCACCGAUAAGUGGCCUAGACAAUGCACGACCAUCGUAACAAAGGGCACGAUCAUGUGGUUGGUUUAUGGAUUACUCAUGGUUCUUCCCUUCUCCCAAUUUGUAGGACAGACACGUGCAGAACGGAUUAAGGGCACCUACGAAAAACCACGAUACGAUGGAUGGUAUAACAACUUGGCUCAUCCAAAUUGGGGAUCAGUGGACAGUCACUUGACGCGCAAAGUCCCAGCUACCUACGCUGACGGUGUCUACAUGAUGGGAGGAGUGAAUCGGCCCAAUGCAAGGAAACUCAGUGAACUCUUCAUGAAAGGUCCCGAUGGACUCGGCUCUGUCAUGAAUCGCACCGCUCUUUUCGCUUUCUUCGGACAAAUGGUAUCUUCGGAGAUUCUGAUGGCCAGCGAGUCGGGUUGCCCAAUUGAGAUGCACAAAAUAGAUAUCGAAAAGUGUGACGAGAUGUAUGACGCAGAAUGCACAGGAAAGAAAUUCAUGCCAUUUCACCGUGCCUGGUACGACCACAAAACAGGACAAAGCCCAAACAGCCCCCGGGAACAGAUCAAUCGGAUGACCAGCUGGAUUGAUGGCAGUUUUAUCUACAGCACAAGUGAGGCCUGGGUGAACGCCAUGCGAUCAUUCAAAAACGGAACUUUUAAAUCGGGCGAUUCGGAAGGAAUGCCCCCACGAAACAAGGAUCGCGUACCUAUUUUCACUGCUCCUGCUCCGCACAUAAUGCGCAUGGCCAGUCCCGAAAAAAUGCUUCUACUCGGAGAUCCCCGGACCAAUCAGAACCCUGCAAUUCUUGCUAUUGGCGUAGUCUUUUUCCGUUUCCAUAAUGUGGUUGCUGGUAGAAUUCAAGAAGAACAUCCGGAAUGGUCGGAUGAAGAAGUCUUCCAAAGGGCUCGUCGUGUAGUGGUGGCAACAUUGCAAAACAUUGUCGUGUACGAAUAUUUGCCGGCCCUGAUUGGUGAAUCUCUCGGCGAAUACGAAGGCUACAAAGCCGAUGUACACCCUGGAAUCAGCCAUGUGUUCCAGAGCGCUGCCUUCCGCUUCGGUCACACGAUGAUCCCUCCCGGCCUCUACAGACGUGACGGCCAAUGCAAUUUCAGGUUGGGACCAAACGAGACGCCAGCCAUUCGACUUUGCUCGGCCUGGUGGGACGCUGUCGAAAUUUUGGUCAACAAUUCCGUCGAAGAAUUCAUCCUGGGCAUGGCCUCGCAGCUGGCCGAACGAGAGGACAGUUUACUCUGCUCCGACGUCCGCAACAAGCUCUUUGGACCGAUGGAAUUUUCCCGUCGCGAUCUAGGAGUCCUCAACAUCAUGCGCGGUCGAGAUACCGGCCUGCCGGACUACAACACGGCCCGCCGUAGCUUCCGCCUGAGCCCCAUCACCAACUGGACCGACAUUAAUCCGGCGCUAGCCGUUCAACAGCCUCAACUCUUCCCAAAGCUGGCCGAGCUCUAUGGAAACGAUUUGGGGAAUGUCGACGUCUACAUCGGAGGAAUGUUGGAGUCAACCAACGGACCUGGUCCACUUUUCACGGCCGUCAUCAAGGAACAGCUGGGUCGAAUUCGCGACGCUGAUCGCUUUUGGUUCGAAAACAGCGAAAACGGCAUGUUUACGGCCAGCGAAAUCGAGGAGAUCCGCCAAACGACAUUUUACGACGUGAUUCUCAGCACGUUGAACAUCAGUGAAGGGGAGAUCCAGCGGAAUGUGUUCUUCUUCCGCGAUGGCGACCCGUGCCCUCAACCGACUCAGCUCAACGCUUCGCUGUUGACCCCCUGCAACUUCUUGUCUGGCUACGACUACUUUGCGGGCAGCGAAGUGCCCUACAUCUACGGCUGUCUCCUCUUGGCUUUCGUGCCGAUUAUCGCCGCAGGCGCUGGCUACGGCGUCGUGAAAUUGCAGAAUUCCAAGCGUCGCAAGCUCAAGGCCCGUCACGAAGAGAACAACAACGGCAAAUCGGUGGACAAGAUGGUCGUCAAGGAGUGGCUGCAUUUGAACCACAAGCGACUGGUGAAGGUGAAAUUCGGUCCCGAGGAGGCGUUUUACACGGUGAACCGCAAAGGUGAAAAGCUGCGCAAGGUCAACUUUAAAGGCGUCGAAUCGCUGACGAUUGAAGUCACGCAAGACGCCCGCAAGAAGCCGAUGAUGUUGGUGCGCGUGCCGCGCGACUACGACCUCGUCCUGGAAUUCGACUCGAACGCGUCGCGCAAGCGCUUCCUCCACAAGUUGGAGACGUUCCUGACCAGCCACAAGAAGCACCUGGAACAGAUUCCCACCUACCGCGAGCAGAUGCUGUCCAACGCUGAGACGCGGGAGCGCCGAGAGAAGCGGCUGGAACAUUUCUUCCGCGAGGCUUACGCUCUGACUUUUGGUCUCAAGCCGGGCGAGAAGCGCAAAAUGGAGGAGGUGACGGGCGAUGUCAUCAUGGUCAUGCGAACGUCUCUGUCACGCAGCGAAUUCGCCAGCGCUCUGGGCAUGAAGGGCGACGACGUCUUCGUGAAAAUGAUGUUCAACAUUGUCGACAAGGACGGCGACGGCCGCAUCUCGUUCCAGGAAUUUCUCGACACCGUCGUCCUCUUCUCCAAGGGCCGCACCGAGGACAAGUUGCACAUCAUUUUCGACAUGUGCGACAACGAUCGCAAUGGCGUCAUCGACAAAGGUGAACUUUCUGAGAUGUUGCGCUCGUUGGUCGAGAUUGCGCGUACCAACAACAGCCUGAACGACGACCAGGUGACGGAAUUGAUUGACGGCAUGUUCCAGUCUGCCGGCCUGGAACACAAAGACGCUUUGACCUACGAAGAUUUCAAGCUGAUGAUGCGCGAGUACCGCGGUGACUUUAUCGCCAUUGGACUCGACUGCAAAGGCGCCAAGCAGAACUUUUUGGACACGUCGACCAACGUGGCCCGUAUGACCAGCUUCCACAUCGACGCCGUCCAGGAGCGCCACCGCAACACGAUCCUGCGCAAGUGGGACGAGCUGACCACUUUCCUGGAGGGCAAUCGCCAGAACAUUUUCUACCUGUUCGUCUUCUACGUCGUGACGAUCGCCCUUUUCGUCGACCGAUUCAUCCACUACUCGUUCAUGUCCGAGCACACGGAUCUGCGUCACAUCAUGGGCGUCGGCAUCGCCAUCACGCGUGGCUCAGCCGCGGCCCUUUCCUUCUGCUACAGCCUCUUGUUGUUGUCCAUGUCCCGCAACUUGUUGACCAAACUCAAAGAGUUCUCGGUGCAGCAAUACAUUCCACUGGAUUCUCACAUUCAGUUCCACAAGAUUUGCGCCUUGACGGCCUUCUUCUUUUCGAUGCUGCACACGGUCGGUCACAUCGUCAACUUUUACCACGUCUCGACGCAACCCAUUGAACAUUUGCGCUGUCUCUCCAAGGAAAUCAGCUUGCCCAGCGACUACAAGCCCACCAUCACCUACUGGCUGUUCCAGACUCUGACGGGACUGACGGGCGUGCUCCUCUUUAUCGUUGUGAUCAUCAUCUUUGUCUUUGCUCAUCCCAUCAUUCGCAAAAAGGCCUACAACUUUUUCUGGAUGACUCACAGUUUAUACAUUGUCCUUUACAUCCUGUCCAUCUUGCACGGACUCGGCCGACUGACGGCCUCGCCCAGCUUCUGGAUCUUCCUCAUCGGACCGGCCAUCGUCUACACCCUGGACAAGAUUAUCAGUUUGCGCACCAAGUUUAUGGGCCUGGACAUUAUCGAAACGGUCCUCCUGCCGUCCGACGUCCUCAAGGUGAAAUUCUACCGCCCACCCAAUUUCAAGUAUCUUUCCGGCCAGUGGAUCCGUCUCUCGUGCACCGGAGUCAAGCCUGAAGAGUUCCACUCAUUCACGCUCACAUCGGCUCCCCACGAAAACUUUUUAUCCUGCCACAUCAAGGCGCAGGGACCUUGGACGUGGAAGCUGCGCAAUUACUUCGACCCAAGCAAUUUCAACCCGAAAGAGAUGGACCCUAAAAUCCAACUGGACGGUCCAUUCGGUGGCGGUAAUCAGGACUGGUACAAGUUUGAAGUCGCCGUCAUGGUAGGUGGAGGUAUCGGAGUCACGCCCUACGCUUCCAUCCUCAACGAUUUGGUCUUUGGCACGUCAACCAACCGCUACUCCGGCGUCGCCUGCAAGAAGGUCUACUUCCUGUGGACUUGCCCGUCGCACCGCCACUUUGAGUGGUUCAUCGACGUCCUGAGAGACGUCGAGCGCAAGGACGUGACCAACGUGCUGGAGAUGCACAUCUUCAUCACUCAGUUCUUCCAUAAAUUCGAUUUGCGCACGACGAUGCUCUACAUUUGCGAGAACCACUUCCAGCGCAUCUCCAAGCGCAGCAUGUUCACCGGGCUGAAGGCGGUCAACCAUUUUGGUCGACCGGACAUGACCUCCUUCCUCAAGUUCGUUCAGAAGAAGCACAGUUACGUCAGCAAGAUCGGUGUCUUCAGUUGCGGUCCGCGACCCUUGACCAAGUCCAUCAUGAGCGCUUGCGAGGAAGUGAAUCAGGGUCGCAAGCUGCCCUAUUUCAUUCACCAUUUCGAGAAUUUCGGUUAAUCACUGUGACGAAUAACCCUUGUCGUAAACUGCGUCGUGUACGUUUUGUUAUAGAAGAGGCCCUAUAUCAUCGCGCUGUCGUGUCAUUUAAUCGUUUUUCUUUUUCUUGUUCCUCAACAGUUUCACAUCACCUCGUUGGUUUUUUUUCAUUUUAUUUUCCGAUUUCUUGGAAUUUUCAUUCUUAUGUCUUCUCAUUAGCGUCGUGCUGCUUUUGUAAUUGAUUGCGUCUUUUUUUUUUGUUCUGGAUUGUCCUGAUGGUGGGACGCACUUGUCAUUUUCCCCCCUUUUGAGCGAUCCCUCGAUUCGCCCGAUCUGUCAUGUUAUACUUGGAAAAUGGAAGACAUAAGGAAGGGUUAUAUAAUAAGUUACUUUUUGAUUUGCAGAGUGCAUUUUCUUGAAUUUUCAGGUAUGAUACUGAUUCGUGAAGCUGAAAUCGCUUCCGCCAACUUGGUAUUAGAAGAAUAGAAUUGAACUCUCACGAUUGCAUUCAGAUUCGAAUGCUAAUUGGUUCAAAUACUGGAAAUGUCGGAUUCACAUAUUUGCCACUUUCAUCUCCUACCUGCGGUAACAGAAUUGCAAUUUUAUCUUUUUUUAAAUGACCCAGCAAGCAACACAAUUGAAAUUCAUUGAAAUAAUUUUUUGGUUGAAAAAGAAAAUUUGUUUGAUAAAAUCUAGGACUAGCGGAUAAGGUUGAAUGCAUUCAAUUGACUACGAGCGGUCUGGAACACCGCCUUGUUUGCAUUUGAAUGAGGGGCGGUUUCGUUCCAGUGUGCUAUAACUGCUAUAUAUCGAGUAUAUAAUCGUUAUCAAUAACGUUCAUAAUUUAUUAAUUUCUAUCUGGCAGAUGGUAGCUAUAGUGUAAGUUUAACGAAAUCUUGAAAGUCGAAAGAAAAUACGAAGUAGUUAUUUAUCAGGUGUGAUUCUGUGAUCGUACACCUAAUGAACUAAAUUUGCCUAUUACUAUAUAUUGAACUGGCAAAAUCGAUCGAGUUGGUUCGUCAUGCCGAUUUUAAGGUCGAUUCAUACGGAGAGGGAAGGGGACGCACUUGGUUGUGGAAUUUUCGAAUCUUAUUUUAGUAGACUGUCGGUGAUUUUAGAUUAUCUGUCAAUACAAAGUACUUGAAUCCGUG